UUUACGUCAACUAACCAUUUCUUGAUUAAAAAAUCUUUGUUGGACCGGAAUAUAGAUGAGCUAUUAUGUAUACUUACAAGGUUUUGCAUAAUCUUAUUCAAUGAAGUUAUUGUUUAAGGUGUAACGAUGUAUAUAAUGACUCUUCAUCUGAAAAACUGCUAUCAGCAGAACUUUGUUCCUAUUUCAUGUUUAAACCAGGCAAAUACAACCUUAACAUCAAUGUAAGGAAGCUUCAUCUCAUCAUCUACAUUCUGCAUUUUGAAACUGAAAAGAAAAUGGCGUUGGAAAAAAAUUCAAGCCAGGAAAUUGAGGACCCUUCCUUGCUUUUGCUUACACAAAACGCUGAGAAAAACGCUAAUCAACUUGAAGCAGAUAACAAGGAAAAAAUCGGAGGUCCUCAAAUUGUAAAAUUCAAUUACACAUGCAUUGGAUACGUCAACAGCAGCAACCCAGUGUUUAAUAAGCUGAGUAAGGCUAUUCAAGACCAGGAUUUGAAAAGCCUUCAAAACUACUUCGAUGAAUUUUGUAUAGGCAAACGCAGAAAAGCGAAAAUGCUUUUACAUUGUCCUGGGUUUUAUUUCUCAACAUUCAGAGAGGAAUGCCUUAUUGCUCAGGCGAUGUUCUACGAUCUUGAUUGUUUCCGGUACUUGCUUGAACUUUACGAAAGCUUAAAAUCAACGUUGGAAGAAAUGCAGCCAAAGGAAAACUGGGAAAAAUACCGCAUCGAUUCUUUAACCUUACUACCAUUUCGCAUAAGUGGCGUUAAUGGAAAUCUACUUCACUACCUGGAGGGGGAAGAUGCCAUUAUUAAGUUAGAAAUUCUAAGCAAGUCUUCCACGUUUAACCUGCUAAUUAACCACAAAAAUCUUCACGGUGUUACACCACUGCUUAUGGCAAUAAUGUUUGAUGAAGUGGAUCUGGCAGAGAGAAUGGUAGAACUGGGCGCAUAUAUCGACAGUGAGAGUAAUGAUAAAGAAACGCCAUUCAGUCAAGCCGUUAGUCGUGGCCAUCUUGAUCUGGUUAAGAAAAUGCUGACGAUUGGUAAGACGGAAUUAUUCGAUACGAAGGAUCAUUUAUACCGUAGUAAAGGUCAUUCAAUAUUCUAUCCAGCAAUCUUGAGCAGCAAUACGGAAAUGAUAAGAUAUAUUCACGGAUACAUUCAAAAUUCAACAGAGCAUUUAUCAAUCGAGCUGGAGAAAGACGACAGCCAUAUUUUAAAAAGUCACAUCGUAAGAAAUAACAUGGCAAACCUGCUGAAUUUCCUCCUGAAUCUGAAAGAUAGUACAAUGGAAAACACGAGUGAUGAAUCCAUUAUUUCAGGGAUAUUUAUCAGCGCUGUGGAAGAAAACAAUCUCGAUCUAACUUCAAUGAUUUUGAAAACGAAAUUCGGAUGCACGUCAUUAAAGUCUGUUGACAGUUUGGACCGAGGUGUUCUCCAUUAUGCAGCGAAACAUCCUAAACUUUUGAAAUACGUGUUAAAUGCAGCUGAAAAUUUACUUGACAAGAAAAACCAAUUUUGUGACGUUUUGAAUAAAGUUGACCAAAAUAACUGUACUGCAUUACACUAUGCUGCUAUUUCAAAUGAAGGCGAGUCUUUAGCUCUUUUGGCCAAAUGGAGUGCUCGUUAUAAUUACCAUGAGAAAAAAUCAGAAUGCGACUAUAUACUGUCAUGCGUGUCGUGUGAAAGAUGCAUCGAAAAAAUCUCCCUCGAAGCUAUUGAAUUCGCCACGAGAGAAGUACGCUCGAAUUUUGAUGAAAAACUUCCAGAAAAACCUACGAAGAUGGUAUCAUUCCAUGCAGCAGCUGCAAAGGGAAGAAAUGAUAUACUGGAAUAUUUGUUUGAAAAGAAAGUACCAGGGAGCAAAAUGUGUGACAGCAGAGGUUGGACUGCUCUUCAUUCAGCAGUGGCUUCUGGUUCAUUGUCUUCGGUUAAGCUUGUCUUUCAGCGUCUUCCGUGUCUUUUGAAUGUGAAAAAUAGAGAUGAUAGUACUCCUGCAGAAAUAGCAGCAAUUCAUGGUCAUAAACAAUUGUUGAACUACCUAUUUGAAGUUGGAGUAAAACCAUUCGAUGAGUACAAUGGGGUAAACUUGCUAAGGAACACAAAUUGCAGUGAUGAUGUGUACAAAAUUAUCGUGGAUGGGAUCUUGAAAACUUGUGGCAGGGAUGGACUCACAAAGGCUAUUCGCUCGGACGAAAAUUUUGGUAUGAAUAGCUGGCGAGAAUCGACUGUGGCACUGAGUUACACAUGUUUUCAAUGCGUAUAUAUACGAUAGUAAAUCAUUUGGCUACACAUACGAUUUUACUCCUUUAGAAGGGUCUACAGGGAGUUAUAUUGCUGUCAUACACUCGUUCGUUCGUCAAAAACGCCAUAAAUGCCUACAACAUCCACUUGUUCGCGAAU